GAUAGCGUCAAGUAGGGUCCAUAUUACCCCUCCAAUGGAAAGAUCAGACGCAUAUGGACACGCCGAGGAAUCUAUAUUGGGUCAGCUCAGCUCAGGAAAUCUCACCGCCAUCUGCUGAACCUCGAUCACUCUCCACCUAUCUGACCACUGUGACGAUUCGAAAGGCAGUGAAGUUAUCAGAACACGUGCCUGUGUGAACGUCCUACCCAUUACGACACCACCAUCUGGCUUCACAAAGUAACGAACGACUCCAAAUCUAUCAACCAUUUAUCACCUAUCCCAAUAGCAAAAUGGAUAGAGAACAGAGGAUAGCCCAGCACAAUGCUAUCAAAAUGCAACUCCAAACCCUCACCGAUGCUGUGAAUGCCUACUCUACUACAUUUGAGAAGAACUCCUCAUCCGACAACCUUGCGGCUAUCGGCGAAAUCUCACAAUGCCAAGUCGCAAUGACUGAGAGUGUGAAGCAGAUGCAAAGUGCUAUCUAUGGGCCGUUGAAUAUGGUUAUGCUGCAUUAUGAAGAGUGUUUCCGUUCAAGCUCGCUUAGAACACUGCUGGAGAUGGGUGUUUUUGAUAUCCUUCCCGCUGAUGGUAGUGAAAAGCCCGCGGAGGAACUGGCUAAGAAGCUAGGCGUUGACGAGGCUCUUCUCGUUCGUCUGAUGCGCGUAGUCAUACCUACAUUCUUCGAAGAACCGCGCCCAGAAGUAUACACUCACACGCCAAACUCCAGAGUGUACUUGGAGCUUCCCUUGCGGGCCAACUUCAAAAUGAUGUACGACGAGACUUGCUUCGCGAGCAUGAAAAUGACCGAAUUCUUCAAGAAACAUGGGUAUAUCAACCCCGACUCCCGGAGUAACAAUCCCUACACGUACGCCCACGACACUAAAGGCCUAUCCAUGUUCGACUUCCUCCUUCAGAACCCAGACCGCUUCAAGAACUUCAAUGAUGCGAUGCAAGCUCGUUCUUCCCAAACAUCCCUUCCCUACGACCUGUUCCCUUUCAGAAACAAAUUGGGCGAGGUGGACAAUACGGAUGAGACUGUUCUGCUGGUAGAUGUUGGAAGCGGCAUAGGCCAGGCUACGCUUGCCAUUCGGGAGGCUUGUCGAGAUGUAAAGGGGAAAAUCGUCAUGCAGGAUCAAAAGGAGGUUAUUGAGGGGAUCGCAGGUCCGUUGCCGACGGGUGUGGUGGGAAUGGCGCAUGAUUUCUUCACACCACAACCUGUCAAAGGUGCCCUCUAUUAUUACAUCCACCGCUGCCUUCACGAUUGGCCAGACUCCGACUGUCUCUUAAUCCUGCAGCAUCUCGCUGCCGCGAUGGAACCUGGCGUCUCGCGCAUUUUGAUCUCUGAAAUCGUGAUGCCCGUUGGACGCGUUGAUAUCCAGACGGCGUGGUCGGAUAUUAACAUGCUGACAUUUAGCGGGGUGGAGCGAAGUGAAAAGCAGUGGGUAGACUUGCUGGAGAAUGCGGGUUUGAAGAUUGCGAGUAUGCAUGGCGAGGGUGGAGGAUGCUACUUUCGGGUAUUGGAGGUUGUUCAUGAGUGAAUUAAGCUACAGUGUUCCCCAAAUAGUAUUCGAAUAGUAUUCGGGGUUUUCCCGAAUACUCGCCAUCUGGGAGUAUUCGGCGAAUACUCAUAUCCUCGCCGAAUAGUAUUUGAGUAUUUUGAGGCUCAACUGUAGUAUAUAGUAAUGAAAU